ACCACGCGGUCAUGCUGCGACGGACUAUUUGUUAUUUAUUCAAAAUAUCCUUUAAUAGUUGUUGUUCUGUUCUCGUUCGAGUUGUAAAGUGAAAGAUUUGUGUUUCUUUCGUUGAAUCGGGCCAGCACAACUGCUGCACAACAGAAAUCAUGUCUGUCGUGUCGACGCCAUACAGCAGUGUAUCUUCUAUUUUAAAAAGUUCUGGUGCAAGAACUUCUCUAAUUAGGGCACAAAAAAAGAUAAGCUUCAAGUUACCUAAAAACUUAAAAGUUAUCCUUACGAAUUACGAAAAUGGGUGCAAUCGUCAAGAGUACCAAGAUACGAUUUGUAUCAUCAGAGACACAAAUAUCAAGGAGUAUGAUCUGCUCGAAUUUUUGAGUAGUCUUCAAGAAUGUGUGUCAAUGCUAGGCAAAAAUCACAAAUUUUUGAUUGAAGCUAUGUUGAAAAUCAAUUGGAUCAGUCGAUCUUCCGAAGUUAUUGCCAGUUAUAAAAAAUUCAUCGAAGAUUUAAUGUGUAUACACAUUUAUCAUUCAAAACUAAUAUUUGACAAUCUUGUUAACCAGUUUAAAUUGACUGAAGAUGGCGAUACAAAAUGGUGUGAAGGAAAAUGCCCAGAAAAAUAUUUGACAAAAUCCAACCAUGUGCACGAUUUGUUAAAAAAAUUUUUAAGGAUUAUACCAAUGUCGAUAGAAAUUUUUCUUCAAACUCUGGAGUUCCACUAUCCUCGUACUAAUGAAGGAAUAUUAGUUGCAGAACAGUAUCAGUUUUCAUUAAUACAAAUUCUGAGCUAUGCACCCCAAUUACGAAAAGAAAUUCUUGGUCUCAUUAUUAGAAAGCUAACAACUUUGGAUGUAACCAUUCCUCCCUCGGAGAUACUUGCCUAUGAUGAAAAUACCGAUGAUGAUUACGAUGAUGACGAAGAAAUGUUCGACAUGGACGACGCGAAUGACAAAAAUAAUAGUAAGGCCUUUAAAGAUACAGAAUUGAAACAUCCAGAUGCUGAAAUAUUGGACGUGUGCAUGGAGCAGAUAUUCUCAUAUGUAUAUGACUGCUGCCACGUCGAUGGACAGUUACAAAUUGAAUCGAUAAAAAGCAUCUACAAUGAUUUAUUACACAACUUUGAAAGGAUAAUUUUUACGACACAGUCCAGUCAUCACGUACAGUUUAUAAUGUUCUACCUUUGUAGCUUCAAGACACUAGUAGCAGAAACAUUUAUCAGACGCUUAUGGCAGGCUGUAUCGAGUCCUUCUGUAAUUACUCCAGUUAGGCAAACGUCUGUGGCUUAUAUAGCUAGUUUAUUAGCUAGAGCAACGUAUUUACGAAUCAAUUUGAUCCAAGGCGUGCUAUCGGAAAUAGUUUCAUGGGUGCACAGUUACAUAAGUUCACAAGAUAGCGUCGAGUCCGCAGAUCCCACAGCUCAUGCUCUUUUUUACUCCAUGUGUCAUGCAAUAUUUUAUCUCAUAGCCUUUAGACAUAAGGAUUUGACGGAAGGAAAAAAAAAUCUACUAUUCCUGCAAGAACUCAAUAUCACAAAAAUAGUCACAAGCAGACUGAACCCGCUGAAGUUCUGUCAACCAGCCGUCGUGCAGAACUUCGCCGCAGUCACGAGAAAGUACCAGAUAGCCUACUGUUACACGGUAAUCGACCGAAACUCGCGGAGCAAUUUACCAGUGCUGUAUAACACGAACUGCACCGUUACUGCGCUUGAAACCUUCUUUCCGUUUGACCCGUAUCUUUUGCCGUUAAGCGGACGUAGGAUAGCGCCUAUUUACAACAGCAGCGCCAAUGCAAUGAACAGCAACGCUACCGACUCGAACGCUGCGAAAGACAAGUCGUGCGACGAGAAUGACUUUAUGGAUGACAGCUUCCUGUCUUGCAGUCCGGAGCCAAAAAAUCACAUAGACAAGUUCUCGUACAGCACUUCACCGGGUUUCAUGUACACUUGAUUGCGCGUCCAUGGCGAUUAAUGGGGU